ACUAAAUUAUACUUUUAAAAAUGAGUGAUGGAAAGAAAGUCCAAAAAGAAGUUCUUUUAGCAAUUUCAAAUAACGAUUUAAAGAAUACUCUUACUAUUCUAAACUUAAAAGAUACCUUGUGCUGCAGUGACGAUUUUUGUGUGAAAAUUUUGAUAUGUUGCUGUUCCCUCUGCACUAACAAUGGAAAGGAGAAAAGUGUUGAUUCUGAAAUGCUGUUAAAAAUCGUACAGUAUUGUUUGCAAAAUAUUUGUUACUUAAAUGAAAACCAAUGGGACAAGUACUAUCGAUCAGUUUAUCACAUUGUGAAAUUUUUACUACAAAAUAACAAAGCAAUUAAUGCAACACAUUUAGAAGAGAUCUUGUUGCCUCAAUUCUGGGACAACUGUGUUAGUCUUAAAUAUCAUUUGUUGUACAAAUCAGUGUGUGAUAUAGUCCACAAUGUAAUUGCCAAGAUGUCCAAAAAGUAUUCUGAUAAAACAACUGCUAAAGAGGCAGUUACAUGGUGCAUACUAGCUUUGAAAAUGUACCAGAAAAUUAUUCCACUGGAUCAGUUGUUUGAGACUAAAGUUUCAGUAUAUUUUAGAUCUUUAAGUGGACUUCCAGCUGCUGAGAGGUUAAAAAUGUAUUUAUCAUUAUUAAAUUUAGUUGAUGGUAAAGAAAACAGUAUUCCUACAACAGGACUUCUACAUUUGCUCUUAAAAACACUUAAACCAUUGACAGAGAACUUGAAUUGUCAUGAAGAUUCAUUUAUAUUAGCAGAAUGCAUAAAAAGGAUUGUAAAUUCUGUUAAAAAGGAAUCUGACAAAGAAGUUUUAAAAUUUAGCACAUUGCUAGUUUUAUUGAGUAAGAUUAUAUUGAUGGAUAACAAUAUGACCAGCAGAAUUUGUGAAUUUCAUCAACAAUUCUUAAGAAACUAUUGCUGCUCUGAAGAAAUGUGUCAUAUAGUUGCAAACAUUUUGAAACUUGUCAUUAAUCGUAUCACAUCUGACAAAACAGAGUUAUUAUCUGAGAGAUUUUUAAAAAGUUUUGCCAGUUUAUUGCUUGUGGUGAGUAAAGAAGUAGCAAACAAAGAUAAAGACUGCAAGUCUUGUGAUAGUUGCCUCGUUUGUACAGACAUUUUUACUUCAGUAACAUUGUUAUUAAAGCUUGGAUACUUGACUAAAUUUUCCAUCUCUAAAAACGUCUUAAUAGCAGCUGAAACAUUGCAAACAAUUCAAAAAUACUUAAAGUAUGGCUGUGAACUUAUUGCAAGACUCAAAAAGCAACAGUGCAACAAGUGGAGAAAUUCUUGGAUAGAAAUGGGAGCUCUAGUUUAUAAUAUUGGCGUUAAUUUGUAUGAAAAGAAACUUAAUCAGUGUUUAAUCUUUUGGGAAUUGUUCCUUGAGAAAACUUUAACUUUAGAAGCCUCAGAAGAAGUUAUUUCAAGGGAUAUUAUGAGUCAAGCUUUGAGUGGAUUGACUGAGACUUGCAUAGAAAAUAAAAGAUAUGAAGACGCCUUAACAUAUACUGCUUUAAAUGCCCUAAAAUGCUCGGAGGCGAGAAGUAAAAGCGUAUUUUCUCAGUGGGUGCAUAUAAAGACGAUCUCUAAGGAUGCUGACAUGGGGAGUAGGAUUGAAAAAAUUCAGGAAACAACAACCGUUUCAGCUUUGGAAUGUAAAAAAGAAUAUGCCUACCUAUUAAACGCUUCUAAUUCCGAAUUAUUGUUAACUAAAGAGCUCGAACACUAUAAGAUGCUUUGGCCAAGUAAGAAACCUAUGAUGAUGGCACUGAAACGAUUAAAACUUGUAUGUGAUAGCAUCACGUGUGCUAAAGUUUUGGUGAAAGUUUGGGGCGAUUGUAAUACUUCAGUACACGAUGAUUUCUAUCUAAUUUUCACAGAAAUUUUUGACGAUUUCCAAAAAGAAUUAAAUGAUCCCAAAUAUAUUAUCGAUUUUGAAGCCGAAAUAUGUCUUGCCAACAUGUACGUUUUACAAUACGAUUUUAAUUUGAAUAAAUUGAGAUAUAAUCAGUGUGAUGAAAUGAAUAAUACGGUCUCCGCCCCUAAAAUACCUCUACAACCCCACGAAUUGCCCCCAAAUCCUAACGACGAAUGCGAUAUGGUCUCAGCGUAUUCAAAUUUGAACAUUGACGCAGUUAAAAAAAUCAUGAAUUACUUAGAUCAGGCACUUGAAAAAUUAAAAGGAAUUAUUACCCGUUUAAACCAUGACAACAAAUCUAUUAUCGAGAAAUAUAAGGUUUCCGAACUUCUGUUUCUGAUUGCCGAACAUUAUCGAUUAAACAGUUACAAUAGUUUUGCAAUACAAAGUUGGGUUGUAAAUUUAAGAAUUGCAGAAGUUGUGAAUAACGCAGAACUCAAAUUGAAAUGCAUAAAUUCGAUUUUGGAAGCUGCUGAUGAGAUGUCUGUUUCACUCAGUAACAAACUUCUAGAUGAAGCAAAUAAAAUAAUUGCCAAAACUGACAUAAACUCAGAAUUGGUCCUGAUGUUUUAUAUUCAACGUAGUAGGAUUUAUUUAAAGCGUAAUUAUGUGAAAAACGCUUUGCUAGACUUUCAAAAGGCUGAUAAAGAAUUAUCAAAGGUCGUUGAUACUAUUAAUCCGACGGUUAAUAUAAAAUUCAACCUGCUGAAAUUUCAGCUAAUGUUAUUACCCUGUAAAUAUGAUAUUGAAGGGCAUGACAUUACCCCUGUGUCAAUGUUACAUCAGCAUUUACACUUGAUUACUUCAUAUUUAAAAGAGAAAAACCACAACCCAAUUGGACUUCAUUUAUAUUUUGAAUUGACUAGAACAAUGGGGACUACUUAUAAGUGGCUGCUAUUGCCAAGGGAAGUUAGAUGUUAUUGUCGGGAUGCUGCCAUUUUAGCCCAGAAACUUCUACUUCCUUUGGUAUCGGCUGAAUUUUUAGUCCUUUUAUCUCAUGCCGACUUGCACAGUGUUCGACAUGACGAUUGCUCGGUUAAAUUGGAAGGUCUUUCAUACAUCUUGUGUCUCUUAAAUAAACGCUCUAAUAAUAAUAAUAAUAAUAAUGAUUUAAAAGUAGCUUCAGAUAUGGUAAAAGAUUACAAGAAGCCUGAAGAGAAUGUGCUUGUAGUUCCUCCCCUAUUAGAGUUUCGGGAUGCCCCUUCAACUGUCAAAUGUUUAACUAAUACAGGUGGUUCUCCUGAUUUUUUAAAAAAGAGCUUCAAAAUGCCCAACUUUAUAGACCACAAGGGCAGCUGCGAUUGCGUUUACUGCAACAACUUCGAGUAUCACAAUAUCACGUUGAAAACGUUGCAUUUGUAUGCACUUUUGAACUAUCACAAAAACUACUUAAAUACAGCCCAAGAGUUUUUCGAAGGGGCCUGUUUAUUCUACAAAAGAUUGAAAACGAGGGAGACUGUUUUAAAAAAAAAGUUAAACACAUUUCUUGACUGUGAACUGCUUCCUGAUUUCAUUAGUUUUUAUUGGGAAUCAUUCUGCUCCUUAUUACUGGAUUUUGGAUAUUUUUUAAUGAAAGUCAACAACACAUCGAGUGCUCGCAAAGUAAAUGCGAAACUUUUAGAUCAUCUUCGCGAAAACGAACUACGAAACGUUUAUAUACAAAAUGAAGCGGUUAUGCAACAUUGCUUUAUUGAGAUGGACGUUGAGGACAAUAAAGAAAACUUACAAUUAGAUUUAUUGAAAGUAAAUAAUAAGGAGAUAAAUAACGUAACUGACUCUAAAUCUCUUCAGAAAACUCCGGAAGAUAAACAAACAAAAAUAAAUGUUUCUGGAACUGUAAGUCCUAGACUAAUAACACCUCCUGCUCGUGUAGUAAAAGCCAUAAAAUUCGACUUAGGAGAACAAGACGAAAAAGAGACAAAGAAACCUGACAGAAUUGAAUUUGAAGUUAACAGCAUAUUUACAACGUUUUCAAAAACACCUGUGAUACCUAAAAUUAAAGUUUACAUGUCACCACCGAAGACCACGUCUAAAAAACGAAAUUUGGCCAGAGUGCCCGACGAAGUGAAAAUAGAAAAUACUAGUGAUAUAAUUCAAAUGAGUCCAAAUGCCUAUGCAACACCUUCUUCAUUAAAAAAUGCUGAUACAAAAGGCGAAUUUGGCUUGCGAUCUAGGACAAAAUUGUUAACGAACCGAUUAAAAAGUUCUGCGAAACCAAACGUCGAAGAGAUUGACAAUAUUGAUGAUAUGAAAAAUAAUGUUCGUAAAAAUUUGAUGACUGAAUUAAACGAUGUCGUAACAGAUUUAAAUGGUUUAACGAUUUCUGGGCCACAAAAGAAGAAGGAAGGAAACAAUUCCAAAAAAGGAAUUGAAGCUCCAGUUGUAAGAAAACGAAGAGGAAGACCCCCGAAAAAAGUUUAACUUUUAUAUAUUCUUUACCUUUGUAGUCAAAUGUAUUUCAUUGAUGUAUGUAUUAUUUAUUAUUUUUAAGGUUUAUUGUUUGGUGAUUGUCUAGUUUGUUAAUUAUAACUGUACUUUAAAUAUUACAACUAAUUUUAAUAAACAUUUGUUAAUUACCGUG